AUCAAAUUUGCAAGAGGAAAAUAAAGAAAUAUUUUCCAAUGGGUGCUAUUGGAACUAUUGCUAAAAGUUUGAAUGCAUUAAUCGGCCCUGGAGUGAUGCUUCUCUAUCCUUUGUAUUCUUCUAUGAGAGCAAUUGAGAGCCCUUCACCAUUAGAUGAUCAACAAUGGUUAACCUAUUGGGUUCUCUAUUCAUUCAUAACUCUAUUUGAGUUGUCUUGCUGGAAAGUCCUCCAAUGGCUUCCAUUCUGGCCAUUCAUCAAACUUGUAUGUUGUAUGUGGUUGGUGCUACCAAUUUUCCAUGGAGCAGCUUAUAUACAUGAAAAUUUCAUAAGAAAACAUGUUAAAGUUGGGAGCCAUGUUAGCUCAAAUUAUCCACAAAAUCAAAGGAAAGCACUCCAAAUGAUGAGUCUUGAUGCAAGGAAAGCUGUUGAAAGAUAUAUAGAGAAGUAUGGACCAGAUGCCUUUGACAAGGUGGUUAGAGCGGCGGAGAAAGAAGCAAAGAAACAUUGAGGAAAAACAAUACCAUAAAUCACAAGAGCAAACAUAUAUAAUAUCAUAUUCAGUGUAAUCCGAGAAGAGAAGAAAACAUGAUGUAUUAUUUAGAAAUGUAUUAGUGAAGGACUAUAUCAAUGUGUAUUUUGACUUUCAUAAUUCUUCCACAUAAAUGAAACAUUGGCAUUUCUA